CGAAUAAUUUCAGUCCAAGACGUCAUUCAUUGUCUGCUCUGUUCUUGGAGAUCUGUACUUGGAGAUUUGACUGUAUCAUGGUCAAUGUCUUUGUGGGCCUCGCUAUAUUUGAUCUCUCCACAAUUGAGAAUGUGUGAUGGACUGCUCUUUUUCGUAGUCAAACUAGAACAUACGCAUGUUCCCACUUGAAUAACUUUUCAACGUUUUGGCAAUCGAAUCGAAGUGGUUCAGUUCGGUGGCUUCCGAUUGAAAGUGCUUCCGAGAUUGUAUGGUUUAAUUAUCAAACAAAUCUCUUGUAUCUUCUAUCUGUUUUGAAACCAACUACUUGUGAAACCAACUACUUGUUUUGGUGUUCUUUACUGUUGAAAACCUUUUUCAGAUUUGGGUUAUGGAUCUUUAUGCUCAGUUAAAGGAACUGAUCCCAGAGCGGCAGGAGCGCCUAAAGAAACUGAAGUCAGUGCAUGGGAAGGUUCACGUUGAGAAUGUCACAGUGGACAUGGUCAUUGGUGGAAUGAGAGGAAUGACAGGGCUGCUAUGGGAAGCAUCAUCGCUUGAUCCAGAUGAGGGAAUUCGCUUUAGGGGCCUCUCCGUACCUGAAUGUCAGAAGGUGCUUCCUGCUGCAACAACGGGGGGCGAACCAUUGCCUGAGGGCAUGCUAUGGCUCCUUUUGACUGGGAAGGUACCAAGCAUGGAGCAGGUUGACGCUUUGUCAAAAGACUUGCGACGUCGUGCCAAGAUGAUUCCUGAUCAUGUUUAUAAGACCAUUGCUUCUCUCCCUAAAACAGCACAUCCAAUGACACAGUUUACAACAGGAGUUAUGGCACUUCAGGUUCAAAGUGAAUUUCAAAAGGCAUAUGAGAAAGGAAUUCCGAAAUCUAGGUUUUGGGAGCCAACAUACGAGGAUGCACUAAAUUUGAUUGCCCAAGUACCAGUUAUAGCCGCUUUCAUCUAUCGAAGGAUCUACAAGAAUGGGGAAAACAUUCCUGCAGAUGAUGCCCUGGACUAUGGAGCAAAUUUUGCGCACUUGCUUGGUUUUGAUAGCCCUGAAAUGCAUGAGUUGAUGCGACUAUAUAUUACAUUACACACUGACCAUGAAGGUGGAAAUGUCAGUGCUCACACUGCUCAUCUGGUGGGCAGUACCCUUUCAGAUCCGUACCUUUCAUUUGCGGCUGCAUUGAAUGGUUUAGCUGGGCCCCUUCAUGGCUUGGCUAAUCAGGAAGUUUUGCUGUGGAUCAAGUCUCUGGUGGAGGAGUGUGGGGAAAACGUAACAAAGGAACAGUUAAAGGACUAUGUGUGGAAAACAUUGAACAGUGGCAAGGUUGUUCCUGGUUUUGGCCAUGGAAUUCUUCGUAAGACAGAUCCAAGAUACACAUGUCAAAGGGAAUUUGCCUUGAAGCAUUUGCCUGAUGAUCCCCUUUUCCAGCUGGUUUCGCAGCUUUAUGAAGUUGUUCCUCCUAUACUCACUGAACUGGGGAAGGUCAGGAACCCGUGGCCGAAUGUGGACGCCCAUAGUGGAAUAUUGCUAAACCAUUUCGGACUGACUGAAGCCAGGUAUUACACUGUUCUUUUUGGAGUCUCAAGAAGCAUGGGAAUCUGUUCACAGUUGAUAUGGGAUCGGGCUCUCGGAUUGCCUCUGGAGAGGCCAAAAAGUGUGACAACAGAGUGGCUCGAAAAUUACUGCAAGAAAGCAGCAUCUUAAGGCUUUGUUAUUUUAUAAUCCAAUAAUAAUUAUAACAAUAAUCUGAUGGUUUGGAGCCAUGUUCAAUGUAUUUUGUGCGAUUCAAAUACUAUUGAUUGGUUUUCUCCAAGUAACAGGAGAAAAAUAAAGAGCUUCUUUGAGAUAUGGGCCCGAGGUUGGGGUGGUCAGGAUGGAGGAGCCACAACCUGACUUUGCGGGUUCCAUUGCUACCGACAACAUAGCCGUUUACAUGCCAAAACCAAAAAAAGGUUCUCUCACGGCUAUGAUGUCGGCAACACUAUAAGGAAAAAGUAUACAAGAAGACUAUUUAUAUUAGGAUGUUUAGUCUCGAAUGAGAAUUUAUAUCGUGGUGUAAUAUUAUUGUAAAAGAGAUGAGGUUUACAUUGAGCCUGCCAUAUUAAAUGGGCAAUGUGUUGUAGUUCAUCCUUAUCGAUAAGAAAACAUCUAAUUAUUACUAGAUGGA